AUGCAUGAUAAGUAUAGAUGUAGAGGCUUGAAGCUGCGCGCCCUACGCCAUAAGGAUGACUUCGAAAGACAAAAUGCUGCAGCCAAAUUACAAGUAAGUAACAAAGUUGUCAGAAAUUUAGCCACUGAAAAAGAAGGAGCUCAAUCAGAAGAUGAGCUUGAAUUGGAAGAUAUGGAAUUGACAGAAGGAGGUGAAGAGGGAGAAGAAACCUAUGAAGAGGCUGAAGAAGAAGCAAAUGCCGACGAAGAGUUGGAAGUAGAACUUGAAGGAGGGGAAGAAGAAGUCGUUGAGGGUGAAGGUGAAGAAGAAGCUGUUGAGGGUGAAGGAGAAGGUGAAGAAGAAGCUGUUGAGGGUGAAGGAGAAGGUGAAGAAGAAGCUGUUGAAGGUGAAGAAGCUGUUGAAGGUGAAGAAGCUGUUGAAGGUGAAGAAGCUGUUGAAGGUGAAGAAGCUGUUGAAGGUGAAGAAGCUGCUGAGGGAGAAGAAGCUGCUGAGGGAGAAGAAGCUGCUGAGGGUGAAGAAGCUGCUGAGGGAGAAGAAGCUGCUGAGGGAGAAGAAGCCGCCGAAGGAGAAGAAGCUGCUGAGGGAGAAGAAGCCGCCGAAGGAGAAGAAGCUGCUGAGGGAGAAGAAGCCGCCGAAGGAGAAGAAGCUGCUGAGGGAGAAGAAGCCGCCGAAGGAGAAGAAGCUGCUGAGGGAGAAGAAGCCGCCGAAGGAGAAGCCGCUGAGGGAGAAGCCGCUGAGGGAGAAGAAGCCGCCGAAGGAAAAGCCGCUGAGGGAGAAGAAGCCGCUGAAGGAGAAGCCGCCGAAGAAGAAGCCGCUGCUGAAUCAGGCGGACUACUCAGAGGUAAGACCCCAACAAAACCAGUGAUCGAGGACGGUGAGAAUGUAACAUUGACAGUAGAUGAUGGUGAAGAAUUGUACACAGAUGUAAAUUCUGGUGAAUAUUUUGGUGAUGCAACCGUCGAAUAUGAAAAACUGUUGGAUGACGUACCAGCAGAAAGUGCAGACGAGCUAGCCAAAAACCCAUACAUCAGAUCCUUCUUGGAGAAAGCUCUCAAACAAGCCUCAAGAACAGAUCUAUAUGAAUAUGAAUAUGACUACAAUGUAGAUUUAAGUGUAGACCAAAGUCAAGAAUCAAAGGAUGAUGAUGUAGAAGUAGAUGAUAAUGGAAGAAGACUACCCAGAAAAGCUGCCCCACCUGUGGAUAAAGCUAAACAGGACGUCAUGAAAGACAUAGUAAAUUAUCUAUCCAAAAAUAUGCUUGCAUUUGUAAGGCAAAAAAGAAAUGUUUCCGGAAAAGAGGGAGAAGCUCCAACCGGACCAAGUGGCGCACAAGGUGGAGACAGUUCCCAAUAUGCCUCUAAAUUUACCUUCACUGAUCAUUCAGUAGAUUUUUCAAAAUAUAACAAAUUGGAUAAAGAAAAGUUUGCUGCAAAGGACGAUUUAAAAUCUCGUUUAAAGAAUGAGGUUGUUGCUUCUAUGCUAGACACUGAAGGUGAUAUUUUAACCGAAGAAUUUGGUUACUUGUUAAGAAACUAUUUCGACAAAGUUAAAUUGGAAGAAAAGAAAAGCCAAGAAGCUGAAUCAGCUAAACCAGCUGAACAAGAGGAAGAAGCUGAAGAAGCUCCCGAGCAAAAAGAAGAAGCGACCGCCGAAAAAGCCACUGAAGAAACCACCGAGGCAGCCACUGAAGAAACCACCGAGGCAGCCACUGAAGAAACCACCGAGGCAGCCACUGAAGAAACCACCGAGGCAGCCACUGAAGAAACUACCGAAGCAGCAACUGAAGAAACCACCGAGGCAGCCACUGAAGAAACUACCGAAGCAGCAACUGAAGAAACUACCGAAGCAGCAACUGAAGAAGCUACCGAGGGAGCCACCGAAGAAGGUGCUGAAGAAACCACUGAAGAAGCCACCGAAGAGGGAGCUGAAGAAGCCACCGAAGAGGGAGCUGAAGAAGCCACCGAAGAAGGUGCUGAAGAGACCACUGAAGAAGCCACCGAAGAGGGCGCUGAAGAGACCACUGAAGAAACCACCGAAGAAGGAGCUGAAGAAGAAGCCACCGAAGAAGGUGCUGAAGAGACCACUGAAGAGGGAGCUGAAGAAGCCGCUGAAGAGGGAGCUGAAGAAGGUGCUGAAGCAGCCACCGAAGAAGCCACUGAAGAAGCCACUGAAGAAGCCACCGAAGAAGCCACCGAAGAAGCCACCGAAGAAGCCACCGAAGAAGCUACUGCAGAAGUUGCUGAAGCAGCCACCCCGGAAAAGGUCACCGAAGAAGCUACCGAAGAAGCCACCGAAGAAGGAGAUAACGAACCAGCUGAACAAGCAGCGGAGAAAGAAGAAGAUGUCAAAGGUGGUCUCAUGGAUAAUGAAACUUAUUACAACACAUUGCAAGAAUUAUAUGAAGAGAUAGAAAAUGAUGAUAAGAAAGAAAAGGAAAAAAUACAAAAAGCUAAGGAGCAAGAAGAGCUUGAGAAAAAAUUGUUCAAGGAAAGUAAAAAAGGAAAGAAAAAGGAGAAGAAGAGAAGAAAGAAAUUAUGUAAAAUGGCAAAAAUCGUCGAAAAAUAUGCAGAAGAAAUACCAAAAGAUAGCGAAAGAUCAUUAAGAUAUGACAAAGAAGAACAUAUAGAUGAUCCAGAUGAAAUGGACGAUUUAUUAUUUGGAGAAUUUAAAACAUUGGAAAAAUACGGAACCCACAAAACUAGUACUUUCUACUACGAAAUGACUUGUUUUGAUGAAAGAUUGAGAGACUUUGAAAUAAAUACCAAAUUAAAAGAAAUGGAAGAAGUACCUGAAAAAUGGGAAUUACUCUCUCUCUACUGGCAAUCAUACAGAAAUGAAAGACAUAAAUAUCUUGCUGUUAAAAAAUACUUGCUAGAAAAAUUUUUAGAAUUAAAAACCAACCAAUCUACUGAAGCUCUCCCAAAAUAUAACAAGAAAUGGAAACAAUGCGAAGAGAUAGUUGAUAAUAACUUUACCAAACAACACGAACAUGUUAAUGAUGUAUUUUAUACCUUCGUUGCAAAAGAAAAUUUGAGCAGAGAUGAAUUCAAAGAAAUCUUAAAUGACGUUAGAGCUUCAUGGAAAAAAGUCACCCUUAAGACAAGGGACGAAUGUGUAGCCCUCUUUGAAGAACCAAUUGUAGAAUUAGAAGUCAAAACCCCAACCCAACCUCCUAAAGGUUUGAAAUACUGGAAAAAAUUCAAAUUUAAAGGUUUCUUCGUUUAAGCAAAUAUAAAGAGAUGUAAUAUAUGUUAAAGCGGAGGGAAAAGUUAAUUUUUACCGUUUCGAAAUAUUUCUAAUCAUUUAAGAAUUGAGAAAAAAAAAGUUGCCUUAGGAUGACGUGAUGUUAUGUGAUGCAUAUAUAUGUACAUACAUACAUAAUACCUUCAAAGGUGAUACAGUAAAAUGCAGCGACAAAUUUAAUUAUGUUAAUGAUGCUUGUAGUCGAAGGGUAUUCCAUGUAUAUAUGCAUGCAUCGUGCAUUGCGUAAGUACAGAUGUGUAAUAUAGUGUAUAUGUUAUGUAAAUACUUUUCUCCUUUUGGCAAAAGUGGAAAGAAAAUGAUAAAAAAAAAAAAUGUAAGUGGAAAAUUGGAUCAAAAAAGAAAAAAAUGAACCCCAAAUCCCCUCCCAUAUUCAAGAAAUUUAUUUGUCGUAUAAUUAUGGACAUAUCUCUUUUAAAAUUUUUCAUUUAUAUAAGUUAUUGCGCAUUAUAAAAAUAUGAAUUUGUAAUUUUUUUUUCUUAAUGUUUCAAAUGAUACAGCGAUUUUGUGUAUGUAUUAUUUGCUGAUUUGUUUCUUUAUUUAUUUCCUUAUUGAUCAGUUUAUUUCUUCUUUUUUUUUCCCCCCCCUCAUUUUUAAUUGUGUCAAUAUUAAGCUGUGUUUGUACAAUAUCAAGUA